AUGCCUUAUUACUCACUUGGAAUCGAAGGCUCGGCCAAUAAGCUUGGAGUUGGUGUGAUCGAGCACCCGCAAGAGAAGCUGGCUGCCUACAACCACGCAAGAGUGCUAUCGAAUGUGCGAGAUACGUAUGUUACUCCGCCGGGCGAAGGGUUUUUACCAAGAGACACAGCAAGACACCAUCGUAACUGGGUGGUAAGAUUAAUCCGCAAGGCUUUGGACGAAUCACAGAUCCCGCCCGAGAAGCUGGACUGUAUCUGUUUUACUCAGGGACCCGGGAUGGGCGCUCCGUUGCAGAGCGUUGUUAUUGCUGCUCGGACAGUUGCCCAGAUGUGGAGGUUACCGUUGGUUGGAGUGAACCAUUGCAUUGGCCAUAUUGAGAUGGGCCGCGAGAUUACGGGGGCCACGAACCCGGUGGUUCUGUAUGUGAGUGGCGGAAACACACAAGUGAUUGCUUAUUCGCGGCAGAGGUACCGGAUUUUUGGCGAGACGCUGGACAUUGCGGUGGGCAACUGUUUGGACCGGUUUGCGCGCACGUUGCGGAUCCCCAACGAUCCGUCUCCGGGCUAUAACAUCGAGCAGCUGGCGAAAAAAGGCCAGCAUUUUGUCGAGCUACCGUACACGGUGAAGGGCAUGGAUCUGAGCAUGAGCGGGAUUCUAGAGUAUGUUGACGGGCUGGCAAACGACCUGUUCAAUGGAAAAAAGAACAAGCAGUUGGUGAAGCCGGACGGUAGCAAGAUCACCGUGGAAGAUCUGUGUUUUUCGUUACAGGAGUGCAUUUUUGCAAUGCUGGUGGAGAUCACCGAAAGAGCGAUGGCUCACGUUGGGUCGAAGGAGGUGCUGAUUGUUGGUGGGGUCGGUUGCAACGAGCGGUUGCAGGAGAUGAUGGGGGUGAUGGCCAGAGACCGUAACGGCAACAUAUAUGCCACAGACGAGCGGUUUUGCAUUGACAACGGCAUCAUGAUCGCACAUGCCGGUCUUCUGGCAUAUCGGACGGGAAAACGCACCACUUUGGAGGAAAGCGUGUGCACACAGCGGUUCCGUACCGACGAGGUAUUUGUUAGCUGGAGAGAUGAUUAG